CUCAUCACCUGGCGUUGUUGACCGUAUCGUGUCCUGUCCAAUUGGAGAUCUCUUGGAUCGACACCCGUUGCCUUUGGGAACCCUUCCGCAUCAGGAGUAAAUUAUAUUGAUCAAUCGCCCUCAUGUCCACCUAGAUCUUUAACAUUCAUCGCGUACUUGAUGGGAACCGGCAAAUAUGGCUUCCUACCAAGGUGCAACGCUACCAGAGGAAAUCUUGUCAAUGAUAUGUCAAGAGCUUGGGCAUGAUGGAGACUUUGGAUCGUUGUACAACUGUGCACGCAGCUCAAAGUCAUUUGCAGAUCCGGCUCUGAGAACUAUGUACCAGCUUCAUCAGAAUUCUCCUGCUUUCGAGCAGAGAGAUGACUUUGAGGUCCGACAGCGUGGCGUCGAUUUUGCCACCAAGGCUGCUGAACAAACCGAGUUCUAUCGCAAGUGGACCUUGUUGUGGCGUUCAAUCACGCUCUCAAGCCUCGACGACAACAAGUGCUACAAACCAUAUUGUCGUUACAUCAAGACACUAGACUUUCGCAAUCUGUCCUCAAUGCUGGAUGAUCCUAAAUUUACCGCUUCAGUCCGAAAAGCAUUCUUCGCAGGACCACUUCAGCGAUUCCAUUUCCCUAAGAGGGAAUACAAUCGACUCGUGGUGGACGUGGUUGCGACGGUCAAUGCCAUUGGAGAUGCCGUUACAGAAAAGACUACCCUUCUCGAGGAGAUCGAUGGCCACAUUAGCCCCGGCUUCCUCCCCCGGUGGAUCUCGCGCUCGCCAAAGCUACAGUCCUUGGUCUUGUGGAAGGGAGAUGCCCUGACCAACGGGGCUGGCGCGACCAUUGCACAACAUUGCGAAAACUUCCGAAACCUGACGGUCCACGAGUGGUCCUCCCCAGAUGCUGAUGAAGCUUUCUCUACGUUUCUUCAAGAGAUGAAACGCGACAGUCUAAACUAUUGCCAAGUCAUUAGUUUCAACAAUAUCGGCAAACUCUCGUUCGAGGCCUUGGGUCGACACAGGUCGCUUCAGAUCCUGGAACUCGCAAAUUUGAACCAGGAGGCCAUGAUGAAUCUAAAUGCCCUUAAAAGCUGCACCGAAAUCCACACGUUGAAGCUCGACGACAGUUAUGGCACUGUGCAACUAGAGGCAAUGAACAAUGAUGUAUUUCUAGAGGUGGUCGAAUGGCUGAGUUCAUGCAGCAAACUUCGCGACCUCAGCUUGAAGAAAUUCUUCGACGGCCCAGCAUUGCUAAGUCGAGUCCUUGCUUCUCCCACUGUCAAAUUGACCAGAUUGUCUUUGGAGGCCUAUACCGUUCGUCACAGCAGCGCACAGUUGUUUCACCUCGCAUUGUCGGAACAGAAGACUCUUGAGUCAAUAUGGCUAAAGGGAAAUGGAGACGACACCACUGCUGAUGACCUUCAGCUCAUGGUCCAAGGCCUCUGUGAGCUCACCAAUCUUCGGGAGCUGGUGCUCAAGGAUGUUUCUGAUGAAUUCUCUGAAGAGCAUAUCAUAUCUCUUGCACUCAGUCUCCCACAGCUCGAAGACUUUUGGACCAGCGGAGGAGAAGUGUCGGCGGAUAUUUUGCCAGCACUGGCCCAACUCAAGAACCUUCGAAACCUGACUCUAUACGCAAUGACUCAAUUUACCGUGGAUGCCAUCAUCGACUUUUUGAGUUCGCUGAAUCCUCAGACACAGAGGGGAUUCAAUCUAUCACUCAUGGCAGCAGAUCCUGAGAGCGAUCUCAGCGAGAUACAGCAGGAUAUGGUUCGGGAGUUCAUCCGAGCCAAUCUUGAUGGACGCUUCGACUUUGUCCUGUGGCGUGAGGCGGAUCCCAGCGACAGCGAAGACGACUGAUGAAAGAACCGCACAGGAACUUAGAUUGUCUAAGGCUGGCUGGCUAAUGAUGCUUCAAAUACUUGACAGAAAUUCCAGAUAUCGACAAAAGUGUUGUACAGUGGUGCAGGAGCAA